AGAUACCAGUUUGUUUCACACUUUCCCGCGCCCGCAGUUAGCAUUCAAGAUGCAGUUCGAAUUUGCGUGCAAUUAGCUUUGGAAAACUCCAAAGUUUUGAAAAUAAAAGCGGUUGAAUUGGACACUCAUGGCCACUUUCCAAUAAUUGAAAACUUCGUAGAGGCCAUCGAAGAUCUUCCUCUAAUCACUGGUGAUUACGUAUUUCUGUCAAAUCAAGUACUAGAAGAUAUCCCGAAAGUGGUGCAUGUUGAAGAUGCAAAGUUACUUACACAAAAAAAUUGUCAUUUUAUAAUAAUAAGCGCACUGUGCGGUGAGUUGAACGAAUUGGUUCUCACCCAGACCUCUAAGUCAUUAGUGGAAAGAGGUUACUUGGUUGUGCGUAUUAAUAAUUCGUCUGGUAAGAUUAACUUAAAAAUUCCUGAUGAUUUUAAAAUGGUUGCCGAUUUACCGAUCGAGAACACUGACGAAAUCAUUUUAUUGCUACAGUGCAGAGGUUCGAAGAAGUUCUCCCUUGAACCAACUGUUGUUGAAAUUAGUGGGUCCGAUAAGGAGUUUACGUGGCUUAUUCAAUUGAAACAAUCUGUUAAUAAUAAGACUCCAACCGUUGUAUACGCAUACAAUGAAAAAUUAAAUGGUCUAAUUGGUUUAGUGAACUGUCUGCGUAAGGAACCAGACGGGCAAUUAAUUACGUGUUUUUUUAUAAAUGAUAAAAGUGCGCCGGCAUUCAACAUUAAUGCACCUUUCUAUGCCGCACAAUAUGCUCUUGGUUUAGCCGUUAAUGUUUACCAAAACGGCAAAUGGGGCUCCUAUCGACACCUUCUGCUAAACUCUGAUAUCCAAAUCGCACCAAGAAAGAAUCAUGUUUAUGGCAAUGUUCUGCAAAGGGGAGAUCUUUCGUCUUUACGUUGGUUCGAAGGUCCAUUGAAACCUGAGGAUUGCGACAUAAAAAUUGCUUAUUCAUCAGUAAAUUUCCGUGAUAUAAUGCUUGCUACUGGGCGCUUAGCUGUUGAGCUAUAUGGCGAUAGUCGUCUGGAUCAAAGUUGCGUUUUAGGCUUUGAGUAUUCCGGCAUUCAUAUGAAGACCGGGCAUCGUAUUAUGAGUAUGGUUGUAAAGGGAGGAGUGGGAUCAUAUGUUGAAAAGCCCUCCAGACUUAUUUGGGAUGUACCAGACAACUGGUCUUUGAAAGAUGCUGCCACUGUUCCCGUAGUUUAUAUAACCGUGUACUAUGCAUUUUUCAUGAUUUCUGAUAUACGUAAAGGAAAAAGUAUCUUAAUCCACGCCGGUACAGGAGGUAUAGGUCUUGCAGCCAUACGAGUUGCGUUAGCCUAUAAUCUGGAAGUUUUUACUACCUGCAGCACUUCUCAAAAGAAACAAUUUCUGCUGGAAACUUUUCCGCAACUUAAAGAGAAUCACAUUGGGAAUUCGCGAGAUACUUCAUUUGAACGUAUGAUUAUACGAGAAACUGAGGGCAAAGGCGUCGAUUUUGUUUUGAAUUCACUAUCAGAAGAUAAAUUGCUGGCUUCAGUACGCUGUUUGGGAAUUACUGGACAUUUUCUUGAGAUCGGAAAAUUUGACAUGGCAAACGACACCAAACUCGGGAUGAGUUGCUUUUUAAAAGAAAUCAAAUUUAAUGCUGUUUUAGCCGAUAGAUUAUUAAUUGCUUCGGAUG